AUGUGUAGUGUUCAAGAAACUUCGUUAGAUCUCAAUGUUAAUAUAAAGCCAGCUACAAAGGAUUGUAUUAAAUGUAAAACAACAAAAGCAACUGUACUAAUUCGACAUUCUACAUAUUGCAAAAAAUGUUUCCAGCAUGUAUUUGUUGGUAAAUUCCGAAAGAAUGUGGAAAAAUCUCGUAUAUCUUCUAAUUCUACCAAACUUAAUGGUUGUGGAGAGAAAGUAAUGAUUGGAUUUUCAGGCGGGCCGUCUUCAAGAACGAUGUUACAAUUAAUAAAUGAAUAUAACGAAACUCACCCACAUGAAACGUCAAAAAAAUGUGCAUAUUCAGAAAUUAUUGUUUGUCAUAUUGAUGAAAGUGUAUUGUUUAAUUACGACAGUACAAGUAGUACAUUUUCACAGGAAAGCACAAUCUUACAAGUAGAAAAGAUUGUACAAAAGUAUAAUUAUCCAUUCAUAGGAUUAUAUCUACAAGAUAUAUUUAAUCCUGAUGUUACUAAAAGUGGAUGUUAUAGCAAUGUUCUUGAGUUGGCGGUUGAUGACGCCAAAAUUUUGCAACUAGAAGAAGGUUCUGUUGUUGCUCCUACUGAGAAAUUAUUACACUUGUUAAAUAAUGUUUCAAAAUCAACUGCCAAAGAAGAUUUUAUAUGGUAUUUGAAGUUGUGCUAUUUAAUUUUUACUGCAAGGAAAAAUGGAUGUAAACGGUUGUUUUUGGGAGAUUGUUCAUCGAGAUUAUCGAUAAAAAUAAUUUCACAGACGAGUAAAGGACGUGGUUUUAGUUUACCUUUAGAAACCUCCGGUGAAAUUGAUUGGUUUGAAGAUGUAAUAAUUACAAGACCAAUGAAAGACAUGUUAUCAAAGGAAAUUGGGAUAUAUAAUCAAUUAAAUGGAUUAGAGAGUAUAUAUGUUCCUAGUAUGACGAGUAUGAUGCAUCCUAAAGCUAGUAUUGAGAGAUUAACUGAAGACAAAGAAUUUCCAUCGACUGUGAGUACGAUAGCAAGAACUGGAGCCAAACUUACACCAUCAGAUUCUAUUGUGAAAGAAAACCGUUGUGUAGAAAAUAAUAAAAUAUGGCAAGAUAGGAUUACAGUUAUGACAAUUCCUUCAUUACACAAAUCCGAGGAAUGCAAUGGACAACAAUCAUCGUCAAAUAAAACUACAAGCCGUUAUGAUAAUUGUAACACCAUCAAUGAUGAAUCUACGACAAAUGUCGAAUUCAUGGAUUUAUUAUGUUAUGCGUGUCGUGUGAAUAUGCUUUAUGUUAAUGUGAUCAAUCAACGGAUCAUCUUGCCUCCUUAUGUUGCUGAAGGAGUCGAAGAACAAAAGAACAAUAAUAGAAAGCAAAUGAAAAAACAAAUUGAGAAUUAUUUAUUAUGUGAUGAUGAAGAAUUAUAA